UCUGUUGUCUAGAGCUAGGUCUAGGUCUUCCCUCCAUUGGCAAUGUGCGGAGAUGCGUAGACAGUAGACCUAGCCAUACCUCUGGAAGCCUGUUCCGGACACGGCCUAUGUCAUAGGCACGAGAGAGACUUGGUUUGAAAGUACCCGGAAAUAGAGGAGUGCCAAGUUCCUACCACUCAUGUUGAAGAUUUCCUUGUUUUGGGAGCUGGUAUACGCUGUAUGUGAACUGCGAAAGUAUUGUGUCAUAUACAUGUACUUGUAACAAAAUAUGGACGACAUCAGUCAAGCACACAUGAAUACCCCUUCUGCAUGGAGUUUUGGAGGUAUCAUGGACAACGGAUGCGUUAAACAGAUUCAGCGUCAUAUUUUGAUUGGAUGAGCUUGACAGCCACAACUAAUACUACCUUAGCUUGGGAAACCUCAUGGAUAAAACACGGGACCCUGCUCAAGUCAGAGAUGCCAUACUUAAAGUGUUCAGAGCAAUGACAAGGUCUCCCAAAGGUGGACCUGCCAUUGUCGUUGGACGCAAGACUCCUACCAUCUCCAAAACAGGAGGAGUAAAAACAGCCACAGAAACCUUUCAUAAGUACCAACUGUAUGACAGCGAUGAUGUGAUGAUAAGCGACGGCAUGUGCACCCCGGAGAAACAAAUACCCAAGCCCAAGAAAGAUGACCUAAUGCCCGAGAAAGUAGCAAAACCCUUGGACAACGAAACGAGAAAAGACUAUCAUUGGCCGCGCACUUCCACUGUCAAAACUCAUCAGAAGGAAAAGAGGCGGAAAUCCCGAGCCGAGAGGAGUCGCAAAGCUCGUCAGAAACAGCAGCAGGUUGAUCCACAUGAGAGAGCAGAAUUUAGGAAACAUGUCAAGAAAGCCAAGGAAAUAUCUUCGCAUUCUCGCAUUGACAAGGCUCUGCAGGACCCACAGCCAUUCUCAGUCAUAACCCAGAGCAGGGUCACAAGACCAGUUGGAAUUUACAACAAAGGCAAGAAAUCUGACAAAGUUUAUCGAGCAGCUCCGAUCCACGUCCCUGACCGCGUCAAGGAAGCCGUGGAGAAAGGUCUCAAGGAAAUCCUGAGCACCUCACCGACCAGCUCCCUCCCCCAUGCCCCUAGCUAUGACUCCCUGCUGGCUGAUAGGGGUGGCACCCCUGCAUGUAACACAGAGAAAAGGUGUCCUGCACUGGCUAUCAGAUCAGUAACAAGGUCUCGCUGUUCAAUAUAUGCCAAUGAAGAUCUAGUUUCGGACACAGGAACAGAGGAAUUGCCGAAGGAUCCACCAUUCGUAGAGAUUGCCACAGAUCUAAUGGCAAGCCUGGAUGUGAAGAUGAUAUUCCCAGAUCGAGAUUACUGUGAAGAAGUGCAAGAGGAUUUGCUGAAGAUCAUGAAGCAACACAGGGUCAGUGAAGGUGGUGAUUGCAGCAAAACCAGCUCAUAUACAUCAGGGAUAGACGUUCUUCUGGCAAGACGUGCAGAAAAAUAUGAUACGAAAUCAUCACAGACUCAUAAAUUAAUGAAUGACACUCCACCUCAUGAAGUGUCACAGACAUAUGUUUCUGAAAGCCACCAUGAGAUGAUGUCAGGACCACACCCUGAAUUGCACAAAGGACCACACCCUGGACCACACCCUGAACCACACCCUGGAGAUGCAGUGUAUUCCUUAAUACACAGCCUCGCAGAGCAUGGAUCACAGCCAGAAUUGUACCAAAGACCACACCCAGAACCACGCCCAGGGUUACACCCAGGGCCACACCCUGGCCACACAGUUUAUUCCUUUUCUCAAGAGAGUAAGAGUCUGGACCCAAGACAUCUUCAGCCCCAGAUGGACGGUACAAGGUUGCACUUACCUGCUUCAUCUGUGGAGCCAGUGAGCUAUCACACCUUUGUACCGGAAGAGCACAGAUCGGAGAAGCCACUUCACACCAUCACAGACAAUGGGCUUGAGUUCUUGAGGAGAGCUGAGGAGAUAAGCGAGUUGAGGGAAAGAACAGCUGAGGAGAGACUAGCCAAUGAGAAACUAGCCAGUGGGCAUGCUCACGACCAACAUGACUUGGAGAAUAACCAUGCAAGGGCAUAUCAACAUGUGGAAAACUCCUCCAGUGACAUCCUAGAUCUGAUCACUACGUCCCAUCAAUCUCUUGGUGCUCAACCACAUCUGCAAGACUCCGUCUUCCGAUUCAACCACUCCUAUUCCCAGGACCAAGCCCAGAGGCCGAGAUACGACCCAGCUCCGAGUCAUCACCCCGAUGACUGCUUAUACCUUACUUCCAGGAAUUGCUUUCAGGACGACUUUGACUGGGUUGCCAAACCAGACCGUCUGCCAACAAACAAACUGUUUCUACCAGAGGAUUUCCGAGCGCACGAUUAUUCACGACCUGGAAAGGAGCAUUUGUGGCAGGGGUGGAACAGCCAGUUGAAGAGGGGCAGGGAUUCUGGGGAUGACUCACCGAUCUGGUACCCUACAUAUAUAUCACCCCAUCAGAAGCCAAGAAUGGAAUCACCCAGCCCACCCAAGCAAUACCCACAAAGGAUGUACUAAAAGAACGAUUCAGAUACAGUAGAGAAGGUAACAAGAGCCAAAGUAAGUUUGUGACAUUUAUCCUUUUGAUAAAAACACACUUUAAUAUUCUAUUUUCAUUUUUAGAAAAUGUCAUUUGUUUAUUUCAAAGAGGGUUUGUUCAUCUUCUGAAAUUGUAGCAGUCCACAGAGGUUAUUUACAGUUUCAGGUUCACUUCUGUUUGUUUACGAUUUUAUUUACAAAUGUCAAAUUAGAACUACCUGCCGCAUUUUAAGCACUUGGACAAACCAAUAAAUUAUUCACAUUGAACAUGAUUUGUCUUGGGAAAGGAAAAGUUAACGGACAAAAAAUACACUCAAAAGAGAACUGUUUGGAUGUACAAAAAUACACAGCAUAUGAUUACAAAAUAAAUAGGACAGAAAUAAGGCUUUUCUUUUGGUAUAAUUUUGAAGAAAAAUCGUGCAGAAUUCAUUUUCUUAAAAGCUGCCCAACUGACUAGCAUUGCAACUUUAGCAUUUCUCUGCAAGUUGAAAUGUGAUUUUGCCCACGGAGUUGGGACUUGCUCCAUCAAAUGCCGAACCAAGCAUAGAAAGUCAACUUCAUUGUAGAAAUGAGCAUGAUUACAGCUGAGCAAUAAUACGGAGGUUGGUGAGAGGAAAUGACAAAAUAUGCAAUACAUCGAUUGUUUAGCAUGAUUUUCAACCACAUCUAUAACCAAAGUUUUUAAAUUUAAUAGUGCAUUUGCUUCCUGUUUUUGAUUGAGCAAGUCUCCUUUUUCCUGGUAUGCAGCUGUGCGGAUUUUGACAACAGCAAGGUUACGAGGCUGGAACAUAAUAGUAUGCAGAGCAAGUAUCUAUGGGUCGAUCUGCGGAAUACAGAUUACUGUAUGUGCUAAAAGAUCAUGACACUGUUGACAUAUAUGUGCCAUAUACGAGGCUGAAGAAACAGGGGAUUGGAGAGAAUUUAGCACUUGAAGAAACGUGUCUGUAGUUGGCAUG